AUGGUGAAGCUGGGAAAAACGAGUAAGAGGCAACCCCUUAAGCAGAAAUAUGCCAUCUCAAAGAAAGUAGCGGCACAUAAGAAGAAACUAAAAAAAAUCAUUAAAAAGACAAAAAUCCAUCACAGGAGGAGUACGAAGAAAUCUAUGAAAAUACCAGAAUGUAUUUUUAAAAAGGACAUAUUAAGUAAUAUAAAAAUAAUUUCCUCGAAGAAAAAAAAUAGAAAUAACAGUGAUGAGGAUACAUGCAAGGAAUUCAGCCUGGAUCAACACGAUGACUGCACGCUGCAGAAUAUGAUGUUUCAGCUGGACAUUUCCUCGGAGGGGGUCCCUCAUGAGGAACUAAUUAAUGUCCCCUGCGGCGCACUUUUAAAUAGCACCAUGGAUGGUAGCACGACAUGUGAAAGCGCACCUGUAGGAGAAGCUAACCCAUGUGCCAUCCCCUUUUACAACUAUUUGGAUCUAAACUUCGCGACAAAAAUGCACAUGUUCGAAAAGGCAAAGGAAGAAAGGUACCCCUCACUGAAUGAGAAGUACUUACACGUGGAUAACCUACUAGAAAUUAUACGAAAUUGUGACGCCCUGUUUUAUAUCAUCGAUGUUAGGAACCCGUUAUUGUAUUUAGAGGAAGACAUAAUAGACUUCAUUAAGCAGUGCAAAAAGGAAGUCAUAUUAAUUUUAAAUAAAUGCGAUUUGGUCGAGGUGCCUCUAAUCCAACAGUGGCUACAUUUCUUUCGCACCUCCUUUUUAACUAUACCGUUUAUAUGUUAUCAGAGGCAAAAUCUGAGCUAUUUAGUGAUGGGAGGAAGUAAUGGAGCACCAAAAUUGGCACCAGGGAGUUCAAGCAGUAUCCCCACCGACAGUACCAACUACAAAAUAUUUGUAAAGUCACUUGUGAAAAGCUUGUUUAACACAGAUAGGAAAAUUACCUACGGGGUUCUUGGACACACAUACACAGGAAGAGUCAGCUUCACGCAAAAUAUCCUGAGCGCAUUCUCCUGCACAAACCGCAUAAACAAAACAACAGUUAUUAACCUUGAAGAAAAUAUCAAUUUGCACACAAAAUGUGGCAUCAUUUUAAAGAAAGACCUUAACGGCAUUGGCCUAAUUAAAAGACUACAUGUGCUGAACAACAAAGAACGAUUAACCUUUUUAAGUGAGUUUUUGCUUAAUUUAACGGGAAAAAAUUUAUUAAAAAUUUUAACCCUCAUAAAUAGGGAAGAAAUUGCCUACGAGUACAGAGACCACUUUGGCAAAAAUAAAGACAAGUUGGAAAAAUUAAAAAAAAAAAAAGAAAUCAUUCGCUUAAUUUUGUUAAAGGAUCCAAAUGAAGAGCCUGAAAGUAGAAAUAUUAAUUUUAAAAAUAUGACCAAAUUGUACAAUAAAUUAUUUUUAAACAAAAUUGCCUAUUACGUUAUUCCUAAGACGAUUUUGCCCCUUUCACGUGAACAGAAUAAUGACAGCGUUGACCACCUUUCCAGCGCCGCUUUGGAAAUUUAUCCCAAAGUUGAUGAAUUUGUAUUUUCCCACGACAGAAAGUUCGAUGAUUUUAUUAUUAUAAAAAGGGACAACAUGAAGUGUCAACCGUAG